AUGUCUAAAAUUUUAUUGGAAAAUGAAGGGGAGUUAUAAGACUUUUAAAAUUUGCUUGAUGGACUUAAUCUUGAAGUACAGAAAAAAAGUAAAAAAGGUAAUGAUGUUAAAACAAAAAUAUUGACAUAUAAUAAAGGAUAUGUAUAAUACAUGAAUAAAGAUGAGUAUAUAGAUAAACAAAAUCAUCAGUCUAAAUCUAAAUUAAGUAUUGAAGACUAUAUUUUCAAUCAUGGUUAUUUAAUAUAUAAGGCUGGUGUGAAUAUAAACAAAAUAAAAAAUAAUGAAGAUUCAAUUAAGUUUGGCUGGAUUAGUGAUGAAAACAAAGAAUACUAUUUUAAUUUCAAAUUCAUAAUAAAACACAAAAUAAUAUAUAAUCCAGAUCCAACUAUAUAAAAAAAAUAAAAAUCAAAUAAAAUAUAAAAUCCUGAAAAGAGUGUUAUUUGGCAAUUUGAAGUGAAACUUGAGAAUGAAAUAAAUUAAAUAAAGAAUAGAUUAGCUGAAAUUGAAGAAAAGAAAAGGAAAUUAUAAAAAUAUAUUAUUUGUGAUGAAUUUAUUGAAAAAUAUGAUAAAAUGGAAUUAGAGAUCUAAAGUUCAGAAUCUUUAGAACAAGAAUUAAAUAACUUUAAAAUUGAAGUUUAAUUUUUGGGAUACAUUUCUAAAAAACUUAACAAUACUACUAAUAGAAAAAUUGUAAAUGCAGAUAUUGCAGCUCGUUCUUUAUUUAUUUUCAUAAGUAAAUAAAAUGAAUAUAUGAAUAAGAAAAUGUAAAGAAUUGAAUAAAUGAUAGAGACUCUUUAUAAAGGUAAAGAUAGAAAUUUUGAUAAAAAUGUUAUAUAAAUUGCAAAAGAUGAAUUUUAAUCUGAUAUUGAGGAUAGUGAAUUUGCAAUUGUUGAUGUACUACUUCUUAAUGCUUUGAUGUAUCAUUUUUAAUUUAGGAUUGAUCUUUAAGUUAGAAAACUUAUUAAUUUUACAAGUUUUUUUACAUCAUUAAAUUUCCAAUCUCUUUCUGAUUAUAGUAAUAAAACAAACUUGAUAUUAUUUUCUGAUAUUACUGAUUUGGAGUAUUUGAUGAAUUACAGAAAUUUUUUAAAAGCCCAAUAAUCUGAAGAAUUUAAAUUAUCUGAAAUUGAAAGAUAUUGUGUUGGAUUAUUUGGAGAGGAAAAUUAAUAUUUAGGAAUUUUUUACAUCUAAUAUUAUCAAAAAAUGAAAAAAAAAAUACAAUUUCAUCAACAAUUUGUUGAAUUUUUAGAAAAAGCUGUAAGACUUUUUGAAAAGCACUUAAAUCAUUCACAUCCCAAACACAUAGAAGCAUUAGAUUUACUACACAUAGAAGAAUAAAAUUUAGAAAAUUAAAAAAAUUAAGAAAAGAUUAAAAAUCUAAAAAUGAUUGGAAUUAAUGAAAAAGAUCCUAAUUAAGUGGAAUCAUAAUUAAAGUGUAUAACAUUUGAAUCUGAUUAAUCAAAGUCAACUAAUAUUUCUCGAUCUUCUUAAUCAAGUGAGAAAUACACAUACUAAAUUGCUGAAGAGAAUUAUGAAAAGGGACAAUAUUUAUCUGCUAUAUCAGCAAUUGAAAAAAUUUAAAAUAAAAAAAAUAAAGUUUUGAAAUUAGGAUUUUUAAUUGAGAAAAAGUUAAAUGGUACAAAUAAUAAUAAUUUCUACACUGAAAAGCUAUUAAAUAACUACAUGAUUUAUGGUUGUGGAGUUGAAGAAUAUCCAACUAUUAUAGAAAUAUUAUAAUUUUAAUUCAAAAAUUAUGUAUUUGGAACUAAAAUUACUUUUAAAACGCAGGGAUGGAUAUAAAUAAUAAACUCUAUAAAAAAUCGCUCUUUUACAGUUGAAAAAGUUCAAGUUGUUAAUAAAAUAAUAGAUUUUAUUAGAAAGUAUCAAUUUAAUGAUACCAAUUAAUAUUUCAAUAAUUUAUUCUCAAAAUUGAAUCCUGAUACAAAAACUCAAAGUUAAAAAUAAGAUUAAAUCAAUUCAUAUUUAGAUCAAUUUUAGCUCAUUUCUUAAUAGUACUUUUAAACUUUACCUUAUUAUUGA